AUGGGGAAGCUGCGCCGGCGGUUCAACGUCAAGGGACGCCAGCAGGCGGCCCCCGGGCCCUCGAAGGGCCCCCCGGAGCCGCCGCCCGUGCUGCUGGAACUGGAGGACCGGGACACCCUGAAAGGCGUCGAUGCCAGCAACGCCCUGGUGCUGCCCGCGAGGAGGAAGAGGAGGACGAAGGCCCCGCCGCCGCCCAAGGCGAAGCGGCCGCUGACCAAGAAGGAGCGGAAGGCGCUGCAGAGGGUCGUGGAGCAGAAGGCGAAGAAGAGCCAGCGCGCCGAGAUGCUGCAGAAGCUGAGCGAGGUGCAGGUCCCGGAGGCCGAGCUGCGGCUCUACUUCACCACGUCCAGGCUGGGCACCGGGGGCCGCCUGUACCGCACCCGGGGGAAGGCCGUCGAGGCCGCGGCCCGGGGCCCGGAGAAGGUCAGCAGCCUCAGCGGCGCCCACCGCAAGCGCCGGCUGCAGGAGUCCGAGUCCGAGUCCUCGGUGGAGUCGGAGCCGGAGCCGGAGUCGGAGCCGGAGCCAGACGAGGACCUGGACGCUGAGCCGGUGGAGGCGGGUCCCGGGAUGGUGGCCCCGCCUCUGCCGCCUGCCCCUGCAGGGGACGUGGAGGGGGGCUCGGAGCCCAGCGGCCCCCUAGCUCCCCCGGCUGCGGCCACCGCCCUGCCCCGGCCCCCCGCGAAGCCCGCCGUCUUCGUCCCCGUCCACCGCUCCCCGGAGAUGCAGGAGGAGCGCCUGCGGCUCCCGAUCCUCUCCGAGGAGCAGGCCAUCAUGGAGGCGGUGGCCGAGCACCCCGUGGUCAUCGUGUGCGGGGAGACGGGCAGCGGGAAGACCACGCAGGUCCCCCAGUUCCUUUACGAGGCCGGGUUCGCCAGCGAUGGCGGCAUCAUCGGCGUCACCGAGCCCCGCCGUGUGGCCGCUGUGGCCAUGUCCCAGCGAGUGGCCAAGGAGAUGAACCUGUCGUCACGGGUCGUCUCCUACCAGAUCCGCUACGAAGGGAACGUGACGGAGGAGACCAAGAUCAAGUUCAUGACGGACGGCGUGCUGCUCAAGGAGAUCCAGAAGGACUUCCUGCUGCGCAGGUACAAGGUGCUGGUCCUGGACGAGGCCCACGAGCGCAGCGUGUACACCGACAUCCUCAUCGGCCUCCUGUCCCGCAUCGUCGCGCUCCGCGCCAAGAGGCUGCUGCCGCUGAAGCUGCUCAUCAUGUCGGCCACGCUGCGGGUGCAGGACUUCACGCAGAACCGGCGGCUCUUCCCCACGCCGCCCCCCGUCGUCAAGGUGGAGGCCCGGCAGUUCCCGGUGACCGUGCACUUCAACAAGCGGACGCCGCUGGAGGACUACGGCGGCGAGUGCUUCCGGAAGGUGUGCAAGAUCCACCGCGCGCUGCCCGCCGGCGGCAUCCUGGUGUUCCUGACCGGGCAGGCCGAGGUGCAUGCCCUGUGCCGCCGGCUGCGGAGGGCCUUCCCGCACGCCCGGCGCCGGCCGCCAGACGGCGGCCCCGGGGACGCGCCGGCCGAGACGAGGCGAUUCAAGAAGGCGCGGGCGCGGGCGCGGAAGGCCCAGGCGGCGGCGUUGCCGCAGAUCAGCCUGGACAGCUACUCGGUGCUGCCGGCGGGCGAAGGGGACGAGGACAGGGAGGCGGAGAUGGACGACGAGGAGGCGGCUCUGGGCUCCGACCUGGACCUGGAUCUGGGGGACGAUGGGGCAGAUGGAGGGGAGGAGCCGCCGGACGCCUCCCUGCCGCUGCACGUGCUCCCGCUGUACUCGCUGCUGCCCCCCGAGAAGCAGGCGCAGGUCUUCCGGCCGCCCCCCGAGGGCACCCGGCUGUGCGUGGUGGCCACCAACGUGGCCGAGACGUCGCUCACCAUCCCGGGCGUCAAGUACGUGGUGGACUGCGGGCGCGUCAAGAGGCGCCACUACGACCGCGUCACGGGCGUGUCCUCCUUCCGCGUCUCCUGGGUGUCCCAGGCCGCCGCCGACCAGCGGGCGGGCCGGGCCGGGCGGACGGAGCCCGGGCACUGCUACAGGCUGUACUCCUCGGCGGUGUUCAGUGACCUGGAGCCGUUCCCGCCGCCCGAGAUGGCGCGGCGGCCGGUGGAGGACCUGGUGCUGCAGAUGAAGGCGCUCGGCAUCGAGCGGGUGGUCAACUUCCCCUUCCCCACGCCGCCCCCCGCCGAGGCCCUGCUGGCCGCCGAGGAGCUGCUGGUGGCGCUGGGGGCCCUGCAGGCGCCCCCCAAGGCGGAGAGGAUGAAGCAGCUGCGGACGGCCCGGCUGAGCUGCCCCAUCACCGCACUCGGCCGCACCAUGGCCACCUUCCCCGUGGCGCCCCGCUACGCCAAGAUGCUGGCGCUGAGCCGGCCCGACGGCUGCCUGCCCUACGCCAUCACCAUCGUGGCCGCCAUGACUGUGCGGGAGCUGUUCGAGGAGCUGGACAGGCCGGCCGCCAGCGACGAGGAGCUGGCCGCACUGACGGCCAGGCGGGCCCGCGUGGCGCAGGCGAGGAGGGCCUGGGCCGGGCGCGGGGCCGCCCUGAAGCUCGGGGACCUCAUGGUGCUGCUGGGCGCCGUGGGGGCCUGCGAGUACGCGGGCUGCUCGCCCCAGUUCUGCGCGGCCCACGGGCUGCGGUACAAGGCCGUGCUGGAGAUCCGGCGUCUGCGGGGCCAGCUGACCACCGCAGUGAACGCCGUGUGCCCCGAGGCCGGGCUCUUCGUGGACCCCAAGAUGCCGCCGCCGUCCGAGCACCAGCUGACCUGCCUGCGGCAGAUCGUGGCGGCCGGCCUGGGCGACCACCUGGCCCGCAGGGUGCAGAGCGAGGACCUGCUGGACGACACGUGGAGGAACGCCUACAAGACGCCGCUGCUGGAUCAGCCCGUCUUCAUCCACCCCAGCUCCGUGCUCUUCCGGGAGCUGCCGGACUUCGUGGUCUACCAGGAGGUGGUGGAGACCACCAAGAUGUACAUGAAAGGCGUCUCGGCCGUGGAGGUUCAGUGGAUCCCGGCGCUGCUGCCCUCCUACUGCCAGUUCAGCAGGCCCCUGGAGGCGCCGCCGCCCGCCUACUGCCCCGAGAGGGGGCGCGUGCUCUGCCACCGGGACAGCGUGUUCUACCGCGUGGGCUGGCCGCUGCCCGCGGUGCAGGUGGACUUCCCCGAGGGCCUGGACCGCUACAAGCACUUCGCCCGCUUCCUGCUGGAGGGGCAGGUCUGCCCCCGGCUGGCUGCCUACCGGGCCUGCCUGCUGUCCAGCCCCAGCACGAUGCUGAAGACAUGGGCCAGGCUGCAGCCGAGGACAGAGAGUCUCCUUAAAGCCCUGGUGGCCGAGAAAGCCGACAACCGGGACGCCCUGCUGGCUGCGUGGAGGAAAAGCCCCCGGUACCUGCUGGCUGAGUACUGCGAGUGGCUCCCGCAGGCCAUGCACGCCGACGUGGAGAAGGCCUGGCCCCCGACCGCUGACCGCUGA